AUGGAUCGAGCUUUAGAGAAUCACACAUCCUACAUUGGGCGGCCGGCCUCAGAGCUACCCACGCCAUCACUUAUUGUUGAUCUUCCGAUCCUGAGAAGAAACGUCGAUACUCUACACGAGAAGGUCGAGAAACUUGGGAUUGGCUUUCGGCCUCAUGUUAAAACUCUCAAGACACUCGAAAUUACCCGCUUGAUGUUAGCGGGAGGCAAGCAUCGAUCUAUAAUUGCAUCGACAAUCUGCGAGAUUCGUGGUUGUAUGCCGUUGGUUAAGGAGGGUCUUCUGGAUGAAAAGAUUCUCUACGGACUGCCAAUUUACCCGGGGGCGUUACAAGACCUUGUUAAGCUAAGAGAAAAUGUGCGAAUUCUGCUGCUGGUAGACAAUGAGGAACACAUUGAUAUUCUUGAGAAGUCGGGCACCCAGCCCUGGGAUAUUUUCAUCAAGCUCGACGUCGGCUCCCGUCGUGCUGGUAUUCCGGCAAAUAGCAUAGCCUUGCAAAAACUGGUGGAACGUGCCGACAGAUCUUCAGCAGUGAACAUUAACGGUUUCUAUUGCCAUGCAGGACACUCGUACGCCGGCAGGUCAAUGGACGAGGCCCAAAAAAACCUCGAAACCGAAAUAUCUAGCGUUCUUAAUGCGGCUGCGCUGCUGCCUGCUGAUCGGGCCCUCAUUGUUUCCAUUGGAGCAACUCCAACUGCCCAUGUUGUGGAGUACCUGAAAGCAAACAUCCCAUCAAAUGUGAAGGUCGAGCUUCAUGCAGGUAAUUUCCCCUGCAACGAUCUACAGCAGGUGUCGACAGGCUUAGUUUCAGACACUGAUCAGGCAAUCCGUGUUGCUGCCGAGGUCUGUGGCGUGUAUCCAGAGCGAAAUGAGGCUCUAGUGAAUGCCGGCGUCGUUGCUCUGUCUCGGGAAAGCAGUGGCUAUUCGGGGUUCGGUCGCAUUAUUGGGAAACCAGCUUGGGCGGUUGUGCGCUUGUCACAAGAACACGGAAUACUUGGGACCAACGAGAGCGAACGAGUGGCUGAGAACUUCAAAAUUGGCCAGAGGGUAAACCUCUAUUGCAAUCAUUCGUGUAUCACUGCGGCGGCCUUUUAUGUCUAUUUUGUUGUGGAUGAGAAUGAUAUCGUCCGGGAAGCAUGGAUCCCAUGGAAAGGUUGGUAA